CAUAAAAUCACAUUUUAAUUUAAAUUAACGAGCUAAUCAAGUCCUAAACAAAACCAUAAAGGAAAAACCGUAUACAAACGUACCCACACACACAUAUAACUAUAUAUAUACAAACAUCAUCCUCCUCCAACAACUUCCAAGCUCAAUACUAAACCAAAGUCCAAUUGUUUACUCACAGAGGCAUUUCAUCCAACACCAUGGCUGCAACUUCCUUCUACUCUAGAAGACUCAUCCUCCACUCUCCACUAACCACGGCGGCUCCUCCGUCUCCAGUCGCCGCUGCCGGCCACUCCUCUCCCUCCUCCUCCUCCUCGUCGGAGCAGUACCCCGGCGACAGCAGCUUCGACGCGAACGUAGUGAUGGUCCUAUCGGUCCUCCUCUGCGCUUUGAUCUGCUCCCUAGGGCUCAACUCCAUCAUCCGCUGCGCAUUGCGCUGCUCGACCUUCGUCUCCGCCUCCGGUUCCUCAUCGGAAUCCGGAUCCGAUUCCAGAUCCGCCCAAUCGGCGGCGGCGAAUACCGGAGUGAAGAAGAAGGCGCUGAAGACCUUCCCGACAGUGAGCUUCUCCUCCGAUCUGAACCUUCCCGGACUCGACUCCGAGUGCGCGAUCUGCCUCUCGGACUUCGCCGCCGGCGACAGCCUCCGCCUCCUCCCGAAGUGCAACCACGGAUUCCACGCGCGAUGCAUCGAUAAGUGGCUGAACUCGCACUCCUCCUGCCCUAAGUGCCGCCACAACCUGCUCGAGACUUGUCAGAAGAUCGUCGGCGCCGCAAGCUCGUCGGAGCAGUUUCCGGCGGUUCAAGAUCCGUCGGCGGUUGUUCUCGCCGUUUCGCCGUUAGAACCUGAAGGUCCGAUACGUAGUUAUAGAGGAAAUAGCUAAUUGAUUUUAAUUUCAAUUUAUUAAUCUUUUUUUUUUUCUAUUUUCUCCACUCUUGAAGUUGUAAAUUGUAAUUGUAUGAUAUUAUUGUUGUGUUUGUAUGGGGUUUAGACUCUUUAAGAAAUUAAAAAAAUAAAAAAAAUAAAAAAAAAGCCCCUCAACUAGAUAAGCUAGUAGAAGAAAAAUGCAGUUGUGUAGUUGUAAAAUUGUAUAUAGUUUUAUUUAUUUUCAAGGAAA